AGCAUGCGCGAGUCUUGUUGUGUCGUUUCCGCUUGCGUCCUUCUUCCUUUGCGACCAGGUAAGGCGUACGAGCUGCCUGGUUAGUUUAUGUCUGAUGCGUGAAAAGUUAUAAAAGGAACGCGAGAUGUCGUUAUCAACGGCGCGACCGCUUGUGACGGUAUACAGCGAUAAAAAUGAAGCUUCCGGAGAAACGAUAUCCCUGCCGGCCGUGUUCAAAGCACCAAUUCGACCAGAUGUUGUGAACUUUGUUCAUCAACAAAUUUCAAAGAAUAGCAGACAGCCGUAUUGCGUAUCCAAGGAAGCUGGUCAUCAAACCUCUGCAGAAUCAUGGGGUACUGGACGUGCUGUGGCACGUAUCCCCCGUGUUCGUGGUGGUGGUACUCAUCGUUCUGGUCAGGGUGCCUUUGGUAAUAUGUGUAGAGGAGGACGCAUGUUUGCCCCGACGAAGCCCUGGAGACGUUGGCACCGUAAAAUCAAUGUGAACCAGAAGAGAUACGCCUUAGUUUCUGCUAUUGCUGCCACUGGUGUCCCAGCUCUUGUAAUGUCCAAGGGUCACAUGAUUCAAGAAGUUCCAGAAUUUCCCUUGGUAGUGUCUGACAAAAUCGAGGAAUACAACAAAACGAAGCAGGCUGUUAUCUUCUUGAGACGCAUAAAGGCGUGGAAUGAUAUCCAAAAGGUAUACAAAUCCCAACGUUUCCGUGCUGGUAAGGGUAAAAUGCGUAAUCGCAGACGUAUUCAACGUCGUGGACCGUUGAUUGUGUACGGCGAGGACAAGGGUAUUCGCAAGGCGUUCCGUAACAUUCCCGGUGUUGACCUUAUGAACAUUAAUAAAGUGAACCUUCUGAAACUGGCACCCGGUGGCCAUGUUGGACGGUUCGUUAUCUGGACAAAAUCCGCGUUCGAUAAGCUGGAUGCUCUUUACGGAACCUGGCGCAAAGAGUCGAAACUUAAAGCUGGUUACAACCUGCCAUUCCCUAAAAUGGCAAAUACAGACUUGUCGAGACUUCUGAAAUCCGAUGAAAUUCGCAAAGUCCUCAGAGCACCAAGGAAGAGGGUGCUGCGCAGUGUCAAGAAAUUGAACCCCCUGACCAACACUCGUGCUAUGUUGCGUCUGAACCCGUAUGCCGCUGUGCUGAAACGCGCGGCAAUUCUGACUGCAAGGAAACGUCAAAUGGAGAGAGAACUUCUUGUGGCCGAAAAGCGUGGAAUCACGCUACCAAAGAGCCACCCGGCCAUGAAGUCCAAGCUUCUGCAGGAGAGACGCAGGAAACAGAUCUUGGCCGCCAAAGCCGCGAAAAAGGCUAAACUCGCCGAUGGUGGUGGUAAACCCGCAGAGGCUAAGCCUGCCGAGGCUAAACCCGCCGAAGCGACAAAAACAGAAAAACCUGCGAAGCCUGCCAAGAAGUAAAAACUUUUUAACAACGCGUUGUUGACCCAGGAUCUUUAUUUGUUUUAAAUAAAAAAUAUGGGAAGAGACAACUAUA